GCUUUGACCAAUAGGGUGAUAAGGAUCCAGCAGAAUGGGAUGACGGUGAAUCCUGCUGGUGUGCUGUGAAUGUGAAGCAGGAGGGACUGGCAGUUUGUGUGCAGGAGGGAAAGCGAAUCUAUCCAGGGCCCCUGGAUUAGCAGACUUAGGAAAGGAGAUAAAGAAAAUACAUCUGUAAAACCAAGGCAUAUUUCUCCUGCAGGAUUUCAAGGGGGAAAGCCCACCUGCCUGGACUGCCAGGAGAUACGCUACACGCACACAGAAACCUUCCCCAGGACUGGUGACACCUGUGUUCAGCCCCACGCUUGCUGAGAAGGUUUCCACACAACACUGCAAAGAUGAAUUUCCUCCGGAGGCGUCUCUCAGACAGUAGUUUUGUGGCAAAUUUGCCCAAUGGCUACAUGAUGGACUUGCAGCGACCUGACAACUCCACCAGCUCCCCAGUUUCUCCUGCCAUGGAGAGAAAGCAUCCGCAGCCACCGCAGCCCUCGCUCUCUUCCUCUGCUGGCACCAGCAUCUUCAGCUCCAUCUCCAGUGCCAUGAAGCAAACCACACAAGCUGCUGCAGGACUAAUUGAUCACUCCACCAGCCCCACACCACCUGCGGCUCCGAAACCCAAGAUCCUCCUGGUGAUUGAUGACGCACACACGGAAUGGGCCAAAUAUUUCCAGGGGAAGAAGGUGAAUGGAGAAUUUGAUAUCCGAGUGGAACAGGCUGAGUUCUCCGAGCUGAACCUGGCUGCUUAUGUCACGGGUGGCUGCAUGGUGGACAUGCAGGUCAUGAGGAAUGGCACCAAGGUGGUAAGGUCCUUCAAGCCUGACUUUGUCCUGAUCCGGCAGCACGCCUACAGCAUGGCGCUGGGAGAGGACUUCCGCAGCCUCAUCAUCGGCCUCCAGUACGGUGGCAUCCACACAGUCAACUCCCUCUACUCCAUCUACAACUUCUGCAGCAAGCCCUGGGUGUUCUCUCAGCUCAUUAAAAUCUUCAACUCGCUGGGUCCGGAGAAGUUCCCCCUCGUGGAGCAGACAUUCUUCCCAAGCCAUAAGCAGAUGCUCACGACUCCGAAUUUCCCUGUAGUGGUCAAGCUGGGACAUGCUCAUGCUGGAAUGGGGAAGGUCAAAGUUGAGAACCAGCACGACUUCCGGGACAUGGCCAGCAUAGUAGCCAUGGCACGAACCUAUGCCACCACCGAGCCCUUCAUUGACUCCAAGUAUGACAUCCGAAUCCAGAAAAUCGGCAGCAACUACAAGGCUUACAUGAGGACAUCCAUCUCUGGAAACUGGAAGGCAAACACAGGUUCUGCAAUGCUAGAACAGAUUGCAAUGACAGAGAGGUACAGACUCUGGGCGGACGCCUGCGCGGAAAUGUUUGGAGGUCUUGACAUCUGCGCCGUCAAAGCUGUCCACAGCAAAGAUGGAAAAGACUAUAUCAUUGAGGUGAUGGACAGCUCAAUGCCCCUGAUUGGGGAGCAUGUGGAAGAGGACAGACAGCUUAUAGCUGACCUGGUUGUUUCCAAAAUGACUCAGCUUGUCAUCACUGCUGGAUCUACGCCAUCACCACUGAGGCCUUGGCCUCCACAAGUUCAGCCUGCACCAGUGAAAUCUCAGACUGGACCUCAGCUUGGACAACUGUCCCAACCACGGCCUCCUCCCCAAGGUGGGCCACGCCAGCCUCAGGGAUCUCAGCCUCCACGGACAAACGCGCCUCCGCAGCAGCGGCUCUCUCCUCAAGGACAGCAGCCCCAGAGUCCCCAGUCCACUUCACCUCAGCAGCAAAGGUCACCUGGAUCUCCACAGCAAGUCCGAUCAGCAACUGGGUCCUCUCCAGUCCAGGCUUCCAAGGCAGGCGUGCUCCCUCCACAGCAGCCUAGACCUCCUGCUCAAGGCCGGGCUCCCAGCCAGCCAAGCCCCACUGAAACGUCCAAGCAGCAAGCCACCCCACACCCACAUCUGAACAAAUCGCAGUCCCUGACAAACACCUUCAGCAUAUCUGAAUCUUCUCAGCGGGGAAAUGCCAAUGAAGAUGAAGCAAAAGCUGAGACCAUCCGCAACCUGAGGAAAUCAUUUGCUAGCCUGUUUUCCGAUUAACAGCCCUGCUGCUGGAUCUGCUUUUCUCAGCCCUCACUCUUCAUAUCAGCAUACCUGAUGUCAUCCUGGAAUAUACUCAGUGGUACCCAGCCAUUUACAACUAACACCUGGGUAAAGGGAAUUUAGAAAACUAUAGUUGUUUUAAUACAAAGAAAAUAUUCUAAUAACGGUCUGAAAAGUGACUGUGUAAAAGUGGCACUAUUUCAUUGGGUUUUUUGCAUAAUCUGAAUCACGUAUGUUCAAAUGACUGAGCUGUAAAGCAAAUUUUACUCUUGCUAACCCCUGUGGAGUCAACACAGUUAUGACAGUGCAAACUAGAUUAUAUUUUGAUCUGUAUAUAGUCAAUACAAUUGCUAACUUCCAAUUACUGAAUCUUUGUUGAGGUCAAGCUAAGAAAGAAUAAAUAUAGGCUUAUUUCAGAAACAGAUGUGCAAAGACAGAGUCAAGAAUAAGUAUUCAUUCACAGAUAAAGUGAGCAUGCUGGAGCAUGGAAACACAGUGAACUGUGGAACUUCGUGAUACUGGCUUUAUAAAUAAUAAAGUCACUUUUCAGAGCAGAA